AUGGAAAUACAACGAACACUAAAACCUGUAGAAUUCAUUUUCACAACCAAAGAGCAAGGUGAAGGAGUGGGAGCUAAGGUCAGGAGAUACAUUGGGGGUCGUCAUAUUCCCAACCUUGAUCCGUUCUUGAUGCUUGACAUGGCAAGAGUAAAGCUCCCUGCUGCCUUCCCUGACCAUCCUCAUAGGGGCUUUGAAACAGUCUCAUAUAACUUGCAGGGUGAGUUCCUUCAUGAAGAUUUCAGAGGACAUAAAGGCAGGCUAGGACCUGGGGAUGUGCAGUGGAUGACAGCUGGGAGAGGCAUAAUGCAUUCUGAGAUUCCAUCUAGCUAUGAUGAAGAAUCUAUUGGCUUCCAGUUAUGGAUUAACUUGGACAAAAAGAACAAAUUCUGUGAGCCACGCUAUUAAGAGAUCAAGAAGGAAAAUAUUCCUGUUUAUCAGAAAGAUAGUUCAUUUAAAGCAAAGGUAAUUUCAGGCGAAGUGCUUGGUGUCAAGGGACCUAUUGAGGCAGUCACACCUACAUACUACAUUGACUUUACAAUGGAUAGGGGCUAGAAAUAUGAUCAUCCGAUUCCUGCAGGCUGGAACUCCUUUAUACUUGUUUACAAGGGAAAGAUAGCUAUUUAGGAUGAUGAAAGCAAAUAAGUUGCUGAAGGUCAGGCUGCAUUAUUCGAGUUAACUGAAGGAGAAGAGUAAGUGAUUAGACUUCAAUCUCUAGAAGACCAGACUGGGCUUAUUUUAUUGGCAGGCAAGCCAAUUAAUGAACCAAUUGUCCAGGGUGGUCCAUUCGUAUUGAAUACAAAGGAAGAACUAAUGCAGGCAUAUUCUGAUUUUUAAAAUGGAGUCAACGGAUUCGAGGGUGCAAAUACUUGGAAGUCUCAAAAUAGAAAAAUGAUGGUAAAACGCUAAUGA